UGUUGUGUGGCCGCCGGCAGACGGAACUGAAAUCGAACAGAACUUGUUUCCCUGAUCAGUCGGGCAUGUUUUUCCAGCGCACAGCAUACAGACUCAAGCAUGGACGAGAGCGCGCAGCGAAUACUGGAGUAUUUGACUGAGGUAGAAGUUGCUGCAGAAGAUAUUCUCAGUGACAAACAACAGAUAGUGGAUCUGGAUUCGCGGAGAAACAGAAAUCGAGAAGCACUCGGCGCUUUACGAAACCAUUCCUCAAACGAUAAUGUGAAGGUGUGUUUUGGAAAUAUGUUCAUCAAAUUCCCCCAAGAAAGUACCAGAUCCAUGAUCCUUAAAGACCAAGAGCAGCUUGACAAGGAAAUAUCUGACCUCCGCAAACAACUAAAAGCAAAAGUAAAUCGUCUCAAUGACUUGCAAGGAAAGCCUGAACUCAGAGGAUACAACCUUUCUCCUUUGAGCAAUGAUGAGAUUAAAGCCAUUAGCACCCUCCUUAAGAAAUAAUAUUCACUAGCUUCUGGGACCGUCUCGAACCUGAGGGUAACGUUUGGACUGUUACCUGUGCGUCUGAGCUCUGAAGUGUCCACAAACCGCCUGCGACUUUACUAACUCUGCAGAAGAAUAUUUUUCAUUGACUAUCGGUGACUGGCUCACAAAAUCUGUCUUCAUCAUUCAUUGCUUUUAUAAACACAAUUGUUGAACAGAGUAAGCCAAAAUAAUGCUAAAAUACUUGGGUGGGUAUUUCCACAACAUGUAGCCAGUUGUUUGUUACUUUCACAGGUUUUGUUAUAUAUGGCAAGUAAACAGAUUAUUAUUUUUUUUUUUCAAUAAAGUGUCUGUCAAAGUCUGUAAACUCAUUUCUGCACUAAUUAUGUGGGAUUUAUAUGUUGUAAAAUUAAAAUGUAUUGUUUUGAAUAAAAUAAAUGAUGCAUAGCUGA